AUGCACCCAACCCUCGAUCCACGCAUGUACACAUCCUGCCCCCAAAACCCUCGCUCGUGUCUCGCAACCUUCACCAUUCCUUCACACUCGAGUAGCAGCCGGAGGCCCGCCAACAUCCCACUCCACAAUCUCUCGUCCUCUGCUCGCCCACGCCAGCACGACUCUGCUUAUCUGCUUGACGACCACGAUAAGGACAGCGCCCGCUCCUCCUUGGACACGCCCUCGUCCGAGUCCGAUCUGUCCGUCUGGUCAGACACGGGCGAUCUCGUCGACCAGCUUGCCGACCGCGAAGACCCCCUGCGCCUGCAUCUUGAACAAGACUACUCCUCAUCCAACCCACGUCGGCAACAGAAGCGCGCCCGCUUCGCUGACCACGACUUGCACGAAAAAGGUGCCCAAGGCAUCCGCCUAGAGGACAUUGACAUUCCCGAUCCAGGUCCUCGCACAAUCUCAAAGGCUGAGCGCAUCCUCGCCGCCAUCAUGGCUCCCAACGACCGCCCGUCCCGUAUCCACGGGCUGCACGGCAAGAAGUUGAUCUACUUCACCAGUGUCUUCGUCUCACUAGGUGUCUUCCUGUUUGGCUAUGACCAGGGUGUCAUGUCCGGAAUCAUUACCGGCGUAUACUUUAAAGACUACUUCAAUCAGCCUACAGCUGCUGAGCUUGGCACAAUGGUGGCCAUUCUGGAAGUUGGUGCCUUCAUCUCUUCACUGGUAGUCGGUCGCAUUGGUGAUGUGCUGGGCCGCCGAAAGACGAUUCUCUACGGCUCGCUCAUCUUCGUUGUUGGUGGAGCUCUCCAGACCUUUGCCAAUGGCAUUCCUAUGAUGCUGCUAGGUAGGGUCAUUGCUGGUCUUGGUGUCGGUACACUGUCCACAAUCGUCCCCGUGUACCAGUCUGAAAUCUCGCCGCCGCACAACAGAGGAAAGAUGGGCUGUAUCGAGUUCACGGGCAACAUUGCUGGAUACGCCGUCAGUGUCUGGGUCGACUACUUCUGCACCUACAUCAAGAAUGAUUGGUCUUGGAGAGUUCCUCUCUUCAUGCAGUGCAUCAUGGGUCUUCUCCUUGCUGGAGGUAGCUUGCUCAUUUGCGAAUCGCCAAGAUGGCUUUUGGAUAAUGAUCACGACGAGGAGGGCAUUGUAGUCAUUGCCAAUUUGUACGGAAAGGGCGAUAUUCACAACCCAAAAGCACGAGAUGAAUACCGAGAGAUCAAGAUGAACGUCCUGCUCCAGCGACAAGAAGGUGAACGUUCCUAUGCCGACAUGUUCAAACGAUACUCCAAACGCGUCUUUAUUGCCAUGUCCGCCCAAGCCCUUGCUCAACUCAACGGAAUCAACGUCAUCUCGUACUAUGCACCAUUGGUCUUUGAAGAAGCUGGCUGGUACGGUCGCCAGGCCAUCCUUAUGACUGGCAUUAACGCCAUUACCUACCUGUUGUCCACUAUCCCACCAUGGUACAUUGUCGACACACUCGGUCGCCGCAAGAUUCUCUUGUCUGGAGCACUCAUGAUGUUGGUUUCCCUAUCUGCCAUUUCCUACUUCAUCUUCCUGCAAGCUUCGUGGACACCCAACAUGGUCGUCAUAUUUGUCAUGAUCUACAACGCCGCAUUUGGAUACUCAUGGGGACCUAUUCCUUGGUUGUACCCGCCUGAGAUUCUUCCCCUCAGCAUUCGUGCCAAGGGCGCCAGUUUGAGUACCGCUACCAACUGGGCAUUCAACUGGCUUGUAGGAGAAAUGACACCCAUCCUCCAAGAGCACAUCCAGUGGCGCCUGUACCUCAUCCACGCCUUUUUCUGCGCUGUCAGUUUUGUUAUCGUAUACUUCAUCUACCCUGAAACUGCCAACGUUCGUCUUGAAGACAUGAACUCGCUGUUUGGAGACGCCACCUCUGUCAUGCCCACACCUGAGACGAUUGCGCAAGCCGAAUCCAUGUUCAGUGGUGAAGGCCGUGGCUCACCUGUGCCUUCUCUCGACAUCCGGGGCGGACGCCGUGCUCCCGACGAGGCCAUUCCCGGACUCAGCAUCGACCCUCCAGAAGUCGAAGGUGGCAACAAGGACAUGUCCAAGGCUGGUACCGACAAUGGCGACGGUAUUGGUGGCUGGAUCAGCAACAUGGUCAAGAGGACAAAGGGCAAUGGCGAAAGCAACAGCUCGCGUGGUGGAAAGUACAAGCAGAUUGGACAGGACGAGGACUAG